AUGAGCCAGUCCCACCGACAACCACAGAAUUCGCGGCAGAUCCACCGUCUGCUUAGCGAUUUUCAAACGAAAUCGAGAAAAGUCACUUGCGACUUACCCUCGGUGGCAUUCCUCACUAUCCACUGGUGCGUCAAACAACGCCUUAAUGAACGUGGCUCCAUCACCUUCACGUCUGCUCCCAUCGUCAUAUCGUCAAGUGUUCUUUUUCCUGCGUCUGUUUACGCUGCCUUGGUAACAUCGUCAACAAUGGUCCAACAGCGAGGUUUUUUGUGCAUCCACGUGCUUGCAUGUGUAUCCGAACGCUCCACAACGAACCCAUUCGUUUUGCUUCACCUCGAGGUGUUGAGUCGGACGGACGCAAAUGCGUUCUCGUGGUGUCCAUAUGUUGAAGACCAACUUUGUUAUGUAAUUAAUCCCGAAAAGUCUGCUAGCGUGUCUACGCGCGAAUACGAAACCGAGAAAUUUUAUUGCAGGAUAUCUUUCCUUCCAUCAGCACCGGUCACUCCGAUUCGCGAACCGCUCUUUACGACUGCUUGCUUAGACGCGUCCAGCCGAAUUGCGUUUAUGGCGGGUUGUUUUCAGCUGGCAGAGUGCGCGUGGUACGUCGGAUUGGAGUCUGUGAAGUUACCCCAGAUUGGAAAGUCUGUCGUGCGUUGUGUCUACGUAUGUGGCUGUCUUGUCAUCGAUCGCAGGCGGCGUUGCGAUUCGCUGUCAACCCUCCCGUAUGGGGAUCUAACUAAUGAGCAGCUGUUGCGGUCAGUCACAGCAUGCCUCGUUGCAUCCACUACCGAAGCCUCUUUGAUCUGGGUUCGCAGGUGCAAUCUCCCACCAACUAGCGAUUUUCCAGACGUCCUCACAGCGCUUAUUUCCGCCGAUGUGAUCGCGGUUUUUGCCGUCAACGCCUGGACCGAUAUCUCCGACAACCACGAGGUGGCCAUCAAGUUGGAAUGCGUCAACGCCAAGCACCCCCAGUUGAUCAUCGAAGCAAAGAUCUACCGGCUUCUCCAAGGUGGA